AAAAUAUGAAUAUUGGCCAUGUCGCUCUCACUAGGGUUGUCACGGCCACUUCCCAACCAUGAACCACUACGCAGGACUUCCUCAAGAUGAGGCCAAAGACAAACCUCAGGUUGAGGCCAAUGCCAUACCGCCAUCGCCAUCGGAAACAGCGCCCAGUGUAAACAGACCGAAGCAGAGAGGCUGCUGGCAUGGGUAUCGGAGCAUUGUGAGCAAGUUUUGGGUCUGGGAGGUGUUCUGUGCCGUCGCAUCUCUUGUGCUCAUGGCCGCAAUCGUUGGACUGCUCUAUUACUACAAUCAGAAACCUGUGUCGGAAUGGCCUUAUCGGUGGAAUAUUAACUCUGCUGUUGCAUUGCUAGUCGUACUUAUGAAAGCUUCUAUGCUCGUUCCAGUGGCUGAGUGUCUGGGUCAACUGAAGUGGUACUGGUUCGACCGCGGUGAGCGAACACUGAGCGACAUCGACACUUUCGAUAGUGCCAGCCGAGGUGUGGUGGGAUCAUUAGAACUGUUAUGGACACUGAGAUUUUGGCAUCUUGCUGCUGUUGGAGCAGUGAUCAUGAUCGCGUCGCUAUCCAUUGAUACACUCACUCAGAGUGUUAUCGGGACUCACAGCGAUCUCACAUACCUUAACAAUUCUGCAUCAUUACCAAGGAAUAACAUGUACCUCGACUUCGAGAAGCUGUAUACGGGCGAGGAGCUUGGAGACCAGAUAGCACCUUCGGAGGUGGUAACCGGUCUCCUACUUGGUUAUUCCUGGAUAACCGCAAUGAAAAUCAACGACACCAACAUCGAUAUUCCUAUCAAUUGUCCCACUGGAUAUUGCGAAUUUGGAAGAUACCAGACAAUUGCAAUCGGUCACCAAUGUGUGGAUCGUAGCAGCGAAGUUUUCUUCAAUGAGACGGUCGGCAAGUGGGCAUUCGAGGACUUUGUAGGCCUGGAUCCAACAAAUCAAACAAUAGUCUCCGCCAACAUCUCCAUAUAUCCCGCUCCUGUCAACAAGGGCUACACUAAUUUCGGACCGCUGCUGUCGCGAACACUGGUUAUGUUCAACGAUACGACUGGCACAAACCAACUCCCUAUCGCAGUCGAAUGCAUCAUGUACUGGCAGAUAAGCACGUUCGAGACCAGUGUCUCAGCCAACGUGCUCAAUGAGACUGGCGUCAUCGCCUACGUCAAUUUGACAGAAGAAGCACAAACUCAAUACGGCCAAGCAGCAGGAAUUCGGAUGCGUCCCGCCGAGUGCUGGGUCAAUGAUACACUCAUCGAGAAAGCCGAUGACUUCAAUCUCGGCGUCCCAGAGUGUUCAUUCGCAGUGGGUCCUAGAGCGCAAAUCGGGCUGCAGAACACGCUCCAAUCGUCCACGUUCGGCUUGAGUGGCGAGAUACUGUACUAUCCCGAAAAAGAAGUAUGGGGCCCGGCAAGCCAAUUCCUACUCAACGUCUUCUUCUUCCAGGAAAGAUUGAACGUCACUGACUCUACAUCAAUGCUGAAAUAUAUCAACACGUUGUGGAUGUCCAUCUCCUGGAGUCUCACGCAGACAAUUCGCCAGAUUGACCUCACAACUUCCGACGAGCCAAUCGUCGGCUACGCCGCGCAGGGUAAAAUGUACGUGCAUGAGGACUACUUCGAUGUCAAUUGGCAAUGGCUUUCCGGUCCCAUAUUCUUAGUGUUACUGAGCUCGGUGUUUUUGCUGAUUACGAUCUCAACGCACAAGACACACAAGGCGUGGAAGACGUCGAGUCUACCGUUGAUAUUUCAUGGAUUGACAAGAGAGCAUCGGAUGGCGGUGGGUGAGCCGGAGAAAGUGGUGGAUAUGAUGGAGUGUGCAGAUGAGGAGAAGGUGCGCCUUAUGAUUUCAGAAUCGGAUGGUGGUGUGAGGUUGGUGAGUCGGAGCCGACCUGUGAGCGCCUAGGAUUGGAUCGAGGAUUUGGGUCGAUACUGUGUAGCGAAGGAGUUGCUGUUGUGUUUCGAAUAAUUAGAUCAAUGCAUUCUAAUCUUGCCCCACGAUGUUACUACACAGGGUCAUGUUAUUUACUUUGUUCCUAAGCAGCAUCACUUGGCUUCGAAUUGGUAAUGUAUAAAUCUUCAUUCUGGGUCACUUCGUAUCCAACUCG